UGAGUGUCUGAAUCAAUUUAUACAUACUUCGACUAAUCCUAUUAUAUAUCUACUAACUUCAGCUUCAGCUUCUUAUCUAUUUCUUUGUACAGAAAACACUCACAAACCAGUAACUCAAUCAUAAUCGAAACCCCACAGUUGUCUUUUUCCCUCUCAUAUUUUCCCACACUUAAAUCCCCCAUUCUCUUUCUCAUUCUCAAUCUCCCCAACAACACUCACUUCACAGCUUAAUUACUAAACCAUGCUACCUUUCCUUCUUCUUCUUCCUCUUUUAGCCACCGCCAUCUCCCUGGUUUCGACCAGUCCUGCCGCUACUUACCCAGCCACCCAACUCCUAAAUGUCAAAGACACAAUCAAAGAAACAGAAACCAGACCCUCUAGACUACCACAAGAUCUUGACCUCCAUGAAAACUACCCUCCUUUUGACAACAGCAGCAGUCAGAGUCAAUGGAAGCUCAAGCUCUUCCAUAGAGAUAAGCUGCCCUUCAACUUCAACACCGACCAUCCCCGUCGUUUCAAGGAGCGCAUCGAAAGAGAUUCCAUAAGGGUUUCCUCUCUGCUCCGCUUACUCUCCAAUGGCAGCGACGAGCAGGUGACGGACUUCGGGUCGGACGUGGUCUCCGGCACAGAGCAGGGGAGUGGAGAGUACUUCGUGAGGAUCGGCGUCGGCAGCCCACCGAGGAGCCAAUACGUGGUGAUUGAUUCCGGCAGCGACAUUGUUUGGGUGCAAUGCCAGCCCUGCAACGAAUGCUACCAACAGUCCGACCCGGUGUUUGACCCGGCCGGUUCCGCCUCCUACGCCGGAAUCUCCUGCGACUCGUCAGUGUGUGACCGCCUCGACAACGCAGGCUGCAACGAUGGCCGGUGCCGGUACGAGGUGUCGUACGGCGACGGAUCUUACACCCGCGGCACACUCGCUCUUGAAACUCUAACUUUCGGGCGGGUCAUAAUCCGAAACAUCGCGAUCGGCUGCGGCCAUAUGAACCGAGGAAUGUUCGUCGGAGCUGCAGGCUUGCUCGGCCUCGGCGGCGGCGCCAUGUCAUUCGUCGGCCAACUCGGCGGCCAAACUGGCGGCGCGUUCAGCUACUGUUUGGUCAGUCGAGGCACCGAGUCUACUGGAACGCUAGAGUUCGGCCGCGGCGCUAUGCCAGUAGGCGGCGCGUGGGUUCCCCUAAUCCGAAACCCACGCGCUCCCAGUUUCUACUACGUCAGGCUUUCGGGACUCGGAGUAGGAGGGAUCCGAGUUCCAAUACCCGAACAGAUCUUCGAACUCACCGAUCUAGGGUACGGUGGCGUGGUGAUGGACACCGGAACCGCCGUGACGAGGCUACCGGCGCCGGCGUACGAAGCAUUACGAGACACCUUCAUCGGACAAACGGCAAACCUGCCUCGAUCAGGCAGAGUAUCGAUCUUCGACACAUGCUAUAACCUAAAUGGUUUCAUAUCGGUAAGGGUGCCGACGGUAUCGUUCUACUUCUCCGGCGGGCCGAUACUGACGUUGCCGGCAAGGAACUUUCUGAUUCCAGUGGACGGCGAAGGGACAUUUUGCUUUGCAUUUGCAGCAUCGGCGUCGGGAUUGUCGAUAAUAGGAAACAUUCAGCAAGAAGGGAUUCAAAUCUCCAUUGAUGGAUCAAAUGGGUUUGUGGGAUUUGGACCAAGUAUUUGUUAAUUCAUCAAAUAUCAAAGGGCAAAUCUGUCAUUAUAUAAAUACUAUUUCUCUACUUAUAUAUUUUA